GCCAAGUUCAUAAGUGCUCAUAAAAGCUGACUUGGCCAGUGUGUAGCACAACCCCCUGGACGACUCCCCACGUCUCUCGUCCGUCCCAUAGCAUUACUUUCCAAAGAGGAAAAAACUUCCUUGUGCAUUAUACUUGGUGACCCAGUUGUCUUAAAUCGCAUAAGCGGGCAUACAAAGUGACAGUGUGCUGCUGGCAUCUGCACAGCAGGAACGGUACCUACUCAACUUGCCGUCCAGAUGGGGAUCUGCAUACCGCAAAGAAGUAAACAAAACUGGAUAUGUUUUCUGGUUUUAUUUAUUGCGACUGAUGUUUGGGGUUCCAACAUCUGCACAAGCAGAGGAGCCAGCACCUGUAAGCAAUGUCUGGCUGUGCACCCCAGCUGUGCGUGGUGCUUCCAGGAGGGUUUCGGGAAGGGCUUGUCCCGCUGCGACCUGAGGCAGGACCUGCUGUCGGCGGGGUGCCCUUCGGGGCAGCUGGAGUUCCCCACGAGCCGCCUGGACGUGACGGAGAACCGGCCUCUCAGCGGCAAGGGCUCCGGGUCCUCCGCCGAUGCCACGCAGAUCCGGCCUCAGAGACUGCACAUCACCCUCCGGCCAGAUGAUUCCAAGCGCUUCACAGUGAAGGUGCGCCAGGUGGAGGACUACCCUGUAGACCUGUACUACCUGAUGGACCUGUCCUUCUCCAUGAAGGACGACCUGGCCCGCCUGCGCACCCUAGGCAACGACCUGGCCGUGCGGAUGGGCCGCAUGACCAGCAACCUGCGCAUGGGAUUCGGGGCCUUUGUGGACAAGCCCCUGUCCCCCUACAUGUACAUCUCCCCCCAAGCGGCCGUGGACAACCCCUGCUACGGGCUCCAGACAACCUGCCUGCCCCAGUUCGGGUAUAAGCAUGUGCUGUCCCUGACAGAGAAGGUGUCCCGCUUCACAGAGGAAGUGAAGAAGCAGAGCGUGUCACGGAACAGGGAUGCUCCCGAGGGAGGCUUCGACGCCAUCGUCCAGGCUGCUGUCUGCAAGGAGAAGAUAGGUUGGCGGCAGGGAGCCUCUCACCUGCUGGUGUUCACCACUGAUGCCAAAACACAUGUGGCCCUGGAUGGGCGCCUGGCAGGCCUCGUACAGCCCAACGACGGAAAGUGUCAUGUGGGGAAAGAUAACAACUAUGACAUGUCUACUACCUUGGAUUACCCUUCACUGGCCCUGAUAACGGAGAAGAUGUCCGAGAAUAACAUCAACCUGAUCUUCGCAGUGACUAGCCCCGUGGUGCCCCUCUACCAGAACUACAGCGAGCUGAUUCCAGGAACCACGGUGGGGACACUGGAGAACGACUCCGGGAAUGUGAUCCAGCUCAUCCUGGACGCCUAUGCAAAAAUCCGCUCCAAGGUGGAGCUGGAGCUGUUGGGAGUGCCGGAAGAGCUGUCCCUGUCCUUCAACGCCACCUGCCUUAACGGAGAGGUCAUCCCGGGACUCAAGUCCUGCUCGGGCCUCAAGAUCGGAGACACCGUGUCAUUCAGCGUCGAAGCGCGGGCCCGGGGCUGCCCCGAAGAGAAGCGCAAAACCUUCACCAUCAAACCCCUGGGCUUCAAGGACACCCUGGAGAUCACCGUGGACUUCGAGUGCGAGUGCGCCUGCCAGGCUCAGGCCCAGCCGGACAGCCCGGAGUGCAACCACGGCAACGGCACCUACGAGUGCGGCAUCUGCCUGUGCCACCAGGGCCGGCUGGGGCCCCGCUGCGAGUGCGCUGAGGGCCACUACAGCCCCACCGAGCAGGACAACUGUAGCCCCGCGAUGGACGCGCCUGCCUGCAGCAGACGGGGCGACUGCAUCUGCGGCCAGUGUGUCUGCCACAGCAGCGACUUCGGCAAGGUGUGGGGCAAACUGUGCGAGUGCGAUGACUUCAACUGCCUGCGCUACAAGGGGGAGCUGUGCUCAGGUCACGGAGCCUGCUCCUGCGGGUUCUGCCAGUGUAACUCGGACUGGAAGGGGGACAACUGCAACUGCUCCACACGCACCGACACCUGCAUGUCGGGCCUGGGCCUGCUGUGCAGCGGGCGGGGCCAGUGCGUGUGUGGCAGCUGUGAAUGCACUCAGCCUGGGGCCUACGGGGCCACCUGCGACAAGUGCCCCACCUGCCCCGACGCCUGCACCAUCAAGAAAGAGUGUGUGGAGUGCAAGCACUUCAAGAGGGGGAGCCUGUUUGAGGAGGACUCCUGUGCCCGGAUCUGCAGGGACGAGAUCCAGUUGGUGGAGAAACUGGAAUUCCACGACAAGAAUGCUGUAAACUGCACCUACAAGGAUGAAAAUGACUGUGUGGAGCGCUUUCAGUACUUUGAAGAUGCCAGUGGCAAGUCCAUCCUGUUCGUGGUGAAGGAACCAGACUGUCCUAAAGGGCCGGACAUCUUGGUGGUGCUGCUCUCAGUGGCGGGGGCCAUCCUCUUCCUGGGCCUGGCAGGGCUGCUGAUCUGGAAGCUGCUGGUCACCAUCCACGACCGCCGAGAGUUCGCCAAAUUUGAGGAGGAGCGUUCACGUGCGAAAUGGGACACGGGUCAUAAUCCUCUAUACAAAGGAGCCACCUCCACCUUCACUAAUGUGACGUACCGUGGCAACAAGGAGUGACGCGGGCCACGCCCAGUCAGGACCAGCGAAACCAAAACUCAGGGGUCUAAAACUGUGGAAACGGAAUUAAUUAAAGGGACAAGGGUCAGUGGACCAAUCGUUCCCUAGAAGUUGUUGGAAUACAGUGUUUCAUGAGUAUAUUGUGCUUUCACAAGAUGAAAUAUCUAUAUACUGGAUGAGAUGUUAUUUUUGGUUGUAAAUAUGUAAAGAACUUUUAAAAGAUUAAAUUUAGGACACGUCUAUAUUGAGAGGUCUAUACAAUCACAAGCUGCCCCUCCCCCCUUUGUCCUCCAUAUGGUCCUGUCUACAUACCUAUUGCACCAGCAUAUAGUGCAGUCUGUAAGUAUUUGGACAGUGACACAUUUUUUGUUGUUUUCGCUGUACUCCAGCAAACAAACAGUUGAAAUAAAACAAUCACAAUGUAGAUAAAGUGCUUUCAGCUUUAAUUUGAGGGUUUUUGCAUCCAUAUUGGGUGAGCCAUGUAGCCCUUUGGGGGGACAUUUUUACGUAGUCCCCCACAUUUUAGGGGACCAAAAGUAAUUGGACAAAUGAACACAAACUGAAAUAAAGUCAUCAUAUUCCAUAUUCCCUUGACUGCCUAUGACUCAUAAGACAUCACCAGAUGCUGGGUACCUUGCCAGGUGAUGCUCUGCCGGGCCUGUACUGAUGAGGGGGGCUGCUAUAGUUUUUGGGCAUUUCCUUUUUGCCCCCCACACUUCAUCGUCAUCUUCUUCUCAUCUGUCCACACUUUGUUCCAGAACUCUACAGGUUUUUAAUGUACGUUUUUGCCAACAGUAACAUGCAGGCCAUUCUAUUCUUGAGGCUUGCCAGGGGUGAUGCCUGCUUUACUGACAUUGACACUUCUUUGGUCCUCUAACUGAGCGACAACAACAGACUUCAAAUGUGGAUGACACACCUUGAAUCAACUCAACACUUUAACACAUCUGUCCAACAAACAUUUUUGCAGCCAAUUGUCCAAUUACUUUUGGUCCCCUAAAAUUGAAGGGGCAAUGUAUAACAACAGCUACAGUUGCUACACUGUUCACCCAACAUGGUUGUAAAAACCCUGAAAAUAAAGCUAAAAGUCUGCAUGUUAGCCACAUAAUGAUUGUUUCAUUUCAAAUGCUGGAGUACAGUGAAAACAACAAAAAUCUGUCACAGUCAGAAUACAUACGGACUGCACUGUAGCUGAUUCACCUAGUUUUGGAAGUGGCGCAGGCUCUUUGCCGAGCUAACACGAAAUGUUCUCACAAUGUUACCGAAACGUUUUGUUAUUAUAUCAUCGCAGCAACAUUGUGAGAACUUUUUGCAUUAGCUAGCGUUCUGCUGGUCUUGGGGAAGCCUUUACCAGGAUACUUAAUACUUAAUAGAUGUUUAUUUUAUGUUUUGGAUGACUAUUUAAAUUCGUCCUUGGAAUUGCCAAUUGUAAUUGUUGGUCUGACCCAUUGUUGCAGUCCCAUUGUUGCAGGCUUAGUCAGUUUAGGGCAGACUGCCACACAGUCUGAUGGGCAGCUGUGAGCACUGCACAAAUGCUGCAGGCGGAUUGCAUGCACCCUAUCAAGUAGCAAAGUUGCUAUUGAGCAACAAGACAGGGGUUACCAUUGGCCAGUUAAGCAAUACAGAUUGUGAUCGAAGCAUGUGACACUGCACAAGGAACAAAUGGUUUAGCUGGACACGUUGAAUAUGUCGUGCUUUUGUACUAACCCAUUGGUGAAGUGUGGAAAUUCACAAACGAUACCAAAGAAAUUCAAUACCAAGGCAAUGGUCCAAAAAUUAUCCAGAAUCGGGAACACAAAUCUGCACCGCUUCCAGGUGCAGAAGCCACCGUGCCUUUCCCACAAUGCGUCGCAGCAGGAUGGGUGUGUGUCCCGAGCUGCCACUCUGGUAUGAUGACAGCUCGCUGUUCAGGAAGAGCGGUUAAACCGGGACUGCCCGCCUCACUUUCGUAAUGAAGCCAAACAGCGCUGCGGCACAGAGAUUAGUCGUCCACUGGACAGAGAGCAAAAAAUAAAUUGCUUGCUUCCUGCAGGAUAAGGAAUACCCUGAGCCCACAGCCAUAUGAGUGAGAUCUUUCACUGUACCGUCCACACUUUUGGAAAUAGCAUUUUUCUUUUUAACUUUGAAUAUAUUGAAAAUGUGUAACGUCUUAUUUUCAGUAUUUAACUUAAGUACUUUAUGUCUGUAUACUUUUUCUUUGGAGUCAAUCUGAAUCUGCUUUCCCCUCUGCUUGGGAGUUUCAGUAAUGGAGCCUUAAUGUAAUUGAUAAAGGACAGAAUUUAUUGUCUUUUAAUGUGUGUGUGUGUGUGUGUGUGUGUGUGUGUGUGGUUCAAAUUAUAGGUCAACAGCGGGUAUAGACACCACAGCUAUUAUUCUGAAAAUGAAGAUUUUCUGUAUGUCACAUUUGUAAAGAUGAUGUUUUUACAUUUCUUAAUACAUGAAAAGGCUAAAGGGCUGUGGGGGAGGUACAUUUGAACAAAUUAGUUGACCCAUUUCUCAAAACGGAAACAUAUGGGUUGUCUAUAUUUAUAUUGAUUCAGUGCGCAUUGCACUUAAGUUUCAUUAUUAAAAACGAAGACAGGUUACUAAAUUCCAGAACCUAGAAUUUGUGCAUAACUGUAAAUGAUUAAAAUGCCCAUGGGUCCUGUUAUUUGAGUUGCACAAUACAGUCCUAUUCACAUGACUAGUCCAAAUGCAGGUCCUCAGUUUGUGUAGAUCAUUCAACAAGCUGUAACAUUGUGUUGUAACAAGUUUUGUCAGACAGCCAUAAUUUCACAACAACAUUAAGUAAAUUGUUGUGUCCACUCGGCCCUUUGUAAUUGUAAGUCUUAGGAAACUAAAGACUAACGUGAGCCAACGGACAGUCAUUUGGGCUCGAGCUGUGCGAUCAGAUAAGCCAACGGAGAUUGAAACUGAGAGACUCGUUGUGUUCAGCGCGGACAUUUUGUGACAGGGGAAUGAAGUGUCACGUAACUCCUUAUUUAUAUUCCGAUGCUCCUUCGCUUGCUUCUUUCUGUACUGUUCAAAACAAAUUGGAUUCUGACAGAGGGCAAAGAUGCAGUGGAUUCAUUCUCUUUCUGUCGGCACCACCCUGUCCUUAGAAACAUACAAACAACCUUGGCCUGUGUGGAGGAAGGCCUUUUGUUACUAGUUUACCAAUUUUAUUUUCUGUUUUGGAAUGUUUACAAUGUUACCCAAUCAGGAAUGGAUUCCAAAUAAAUGCUUGAAUUAAUGUA